AUGGUUGAUGUAUUCUAUUCACUGGUGGAUCUAAAUAAACGCUUUAAUCAAUUAGUAUUUGAUCCUCUCUAUAUUCAUCAUUUGGAUUUAACAGUCAAAACAUCGCUUGUUCAUAAUUCUCCGGUAGAUAAACAAAUUUUCGAUCAAAUUCGCACAAAAAUUUUACCUCAACUUCAUUGUAAAGUGAAUAAAAUCACGGUUACAUCACUCUCUAUGGAAUUUAUUUUUAAUACAAUUGAUUAUCCUCAACUUCACUUGCUAUCACUUGUCAAUUUUCAACAAGAAACACUUUUACAAUAUUUAACAAAUGAUGUAAUAUUUUGUCGUAUUCUUAAUGAUCAAAUAACUCAUCUUAAAGUCAAAAUCAAAGGUGGCAUAAUAGUGAAAUUAUCAAAUGGAAAUGAAUGGAAUUUAUUUACAUUAAUAUUAUUUUUCUAUUUUCUUUUUCUGCAACGAUUAACUGUGUAUAAUUUUGAACCACAAAAGAACAAACAACAUUCAUCUACAUUGAUUACGUUUGCUAAAGUUUUCGAGCUGAAUCUUCUGUUUGCACAUAUUGAUUAUGUUGAAGAAUUUCUCUUGGAAGCAAACAUUCGUUUCCCUCGAUUAACAAUUCUUGCUAUCAAAUAUGAAUCAUUAGCAAUGGUAACAAAUAAUUUUACGAAUGAUGCAGCACAUUUCAAUUAUAGUCAAUUGUGA